CUCCAACAAUCCAUCGUGCAAAGGAGACUGGUACCAUAACCACAGCAACAAGAUGCUCACACUCUCCAUUGCUUCUUCUACUUCCGCCAUUACAGCUACUCCCAAAACCACCUUCACUUCUUCAACCAAAUCUUCCUUCAAUGGCAUACGAAUUGCUCACGUUCUCCCCUCACCUGCCGUUCGAGCAACAACACCAACUCCGCGCCAAUCCGUUGUAAUGAUGGCCAAAAAAGAAGAAGAAUUAAAAGAAAUCAGAGCUAAAACCACUGAAGAAAUCAACGACGAAAUCGUUGAUCUUAAAGGAGAGCUGUUUAUGCUCCGUCUUCAGAGGUCUGCUAGGAACGAGUUCAAGUCCAGCGAGUUCCGUCGGAUGCGAAAAAGGGUUGCUCGAAUGCUGACUGUUAAAAGAGAAAGAGAAAUUGAUGAUGGUGUUGGGAAGAGGCAGUCAAGGAAGCUUGACAGGCAAUGGAGAAAAAGCAUUGUGCCAAGACCACCUCCAUCUCUUCUCAAGUUACAAGAAGAAGAGGCAGCUGAAGAAGCUAAGGAGUCUGCAUCAGCAUCAACCUAAGUAGUUAAAAAUUAAAAUCCCAUUGUGUUUCCUUAGUUUUAAUUUGAUAAAUGUGUAAUUUUGUUAUGAAUUUCAAAAUUUAUGAGUUUUUUUUUUUGGAAUUGAAGUGGAUAUAUUUUGGUGUUA